CGCGUCCGGCUGAGCGGCGGAAGCGGCGGGCGCUGCUCCCGGGCCGGGCGGCUGGCUGGCUGGUCGGCGCCGCAAGCACCGGCGAGCGGGUGCCUCGCGCCUGUUCUGCGCUGCCCCCGGAACCGCGCCGGCCCGGCGAGCGCGGGCGUCGGCGCCGCGUCCAGCCCUCCGGCCUUCCCAGGCCCGGCCGGCCCGGCGGGGACAUGAGCUUCUUCGGUUUCGGGCAGAGCGUGGAUGUGGACAUCCUGCUGAACGAUGCAGACAGCAGGAAGCGGGCCGAGCACAAAACGGAGGAUGGGAAGAAGGACAAGUACUUCCUCUUCUACGACGGGGAGACGGUGUCUGGGAAGGUGAGCCUGGCGCUCAAGAACCCCAACAAGCGGCUGGAGCACCAGGGCAUCAAGGUCGAGUUCAUCGGGCAGAUUGAACUCUACUACGACCGCGGAAACCACCACGAAUUCGUGUCCCUGGUGAAGGACCUGGCCCGGCCCGGAGAGGUCACCCAGUCGCAGGCCUUCGACUUUGAGUUCACCCACGUGGAGAAGCCCUAUGAGUCCUACACUGGGCAGAACGUGAAGCUGCGGUAUUUCCUUCGCGCCACCAUCAGCCGCCGCCUCAACGAUGUCGUCAAGGAGAUGGACAUCGUGGUCCACACGCUGAGCACGUACCCGGAGCUGAACUCCUCCAUCAAGAUGGAGGUUGGGAUCGAGGACUGUCUGCACAUCGAGUUUGAGUACAACAAAUCCAAGUACCACUUGAAAGAUGUCAUUGUGGGGAAGAUCUAUUUCCUGCUGGUGAGGAUCAAGAUCAAGCACAUGGAGAUAGACAUCAUCAAGCGGGAAACGACAGGCACGGGCCCCAAUGUGUACCACGAGAACGACACCAUUGCCAAGUACGAGAUCAUGGACGGCGCGCCCGUGAGAGGAGAGUCCAUCCCCAUCCGCCUCUUCCUGGCGGGCUACGAGCUCACGCCCACCAUGCGGGACAUCAACAAGAAGUUCUCUGUGCGCUACUACCUCAACCUGGUGCUGAUUGACGAGGAGGAGCGGCGCUACUUCAAGCAGCAGGAGGUGGUGCUGUGGCGGAAGGGUGACAUCGUUCGGAAGAGCAUGUCCCACCAGGCAGCCAUCGCCUCGCAGCGCUUCGAGGGCACGGCCCCCCUGGGGGAGGCGCGGACCCCCGGCCAGCUGUCCGACGGCAGCAGCAGACAGUAGGCCUGGGGCCAGGAAGCUGCUGGGCUCCCACCCCGGCUCCAGGCCCCCAGGCACCAGCGGCCGGGGCAGCAAGAUGCUCAGCUGACCCACGACUCGCAACCUGAAAACAAAUCAUGUUCUUGAUGUAAAUUCUUUUUCCUGAAGAACCUAAGGG